GAGGUGCUAGAGAUGGGGUGAAGGGACCUUGGGGGCUUGGAGCGUUUAGCGAGACCGGGGCUGCGGAAGUUGAGCAAGUGGGAGGCGGGCUUAGGGCCGGAAGCAGGAAGGAGGGCGCAGGACGCAGGGUGCCGCGCCAGCCGUGCUGUCGGCCAGUGAGGACUGUCGGUGGCCUGAGCAGGAUGGAGAAGCUGCGGCUCUUGGGCCUCCGCUACCAGGAGUACGUGACUCGUCACCCAGCCGCCACGGCCCAGCUGGAGACAGCAGUGCGGGGCCUCAGUUACCUGCUGGCAGGUCGCUUCUCCGAUUCUCACGAGCUGUCUGAGUUGGUGUACUCUGCCUCUAACCUGCUUGUGCUGCUCAAUGACGGAAUCCUUCGGAAGGAGCUUCGGAAAAAGUUGCCUGUGUCGCUGUCCCAGCAGAAGCUGCUGACAUGGCUGAGCGUGCUGGAGUGUGUGGAGGUGUUCAUGGAGAUGGGGGCUGCCAAGGUGUGGGGUGAAGUAGGCCGUUGGCUCGUCAUUGCUCUCAUCCAGCUGGCCAAGGCUGUCCUGCGCAUGCUCCUGCUGAUCUGGUUCAAGACUGGCAUUCAGACCUCACCCCCCAUUGUUCCACUGGACAGGGAGACCCAGGCACAGCCCUUGGAUGGUGACCACAACCCAGGCAGCCAGGAGCCGUCAUAUGUGGGAAAGAGGUCAAACAGAGUGGUGCGAACCCUCCAGAACAGCCCAUCCCUGCACUCACGGCACUGGGGAGCCCCCCAGCAACGGGACGCUCAGCAGAAACAGCAGCAGGAGGAGCUGAGCACACCACCAACACCUCUGGGUUUGCAGGAGACCAUUGCAGAGUCUUUGCAUAUUGCCCGGCCCCUGCUGCACUUGCUCAGUCUGGGCUUCUGGGGUCAACGGUCGUGGACACCCUGGCUGCUCUCUGGUGUGGUGGACGUGACGAGUCUGAGUCUCCUGAGUGACAGAAAGAGUCUGACCCGAAGGGAGCGGCUAGAGCUGAGGCGCCGCACAAUCCUGCUGCUGUACUACCUGCUGCGCUCACCAUUCUAUGACCGCUUCUCUGAGGCCAAGAUCCUCUUCCUGCUCCAGCUCCUUGCAGACCAUAUCCCUGGCGCUGGCCUAGUGGCAAGGCCGCUCAUGGACUACCUGCCCUCCUGGCAGAAAGUAUAUUUCUACAGUUGGGGUUGACAGACAUGCAGGAGUGGGUUAUGUGGUGUGCUCUGUUGCUCUGGGUGGGGCUUGCCUCGGCCCUCCAGUCCCCCAGGCCCCUCUUCUCUAAUAAAACUGACUGGUAGUAUCCA